AUGAUCAUGUCAUGGAUCAAGAACUCUGUGGAAAUGGAAAUCGCUCAAAGCGUUUUAUGGAUGGACAAUGCAGCUGACAUGUGGAAUGAAUUAAAGGAACGAUUCUACCAAGGAGAUGCGUUCCGCAUAUCAGAUAUUCAAGAAGAGAUAUGCACAUUGAAACAAGGUGAUAUUUCUGUUUCUUUCCAUUACACAAAACUGGAAAUUUUGUGGCAAGAGUUGGAUAAUUUUAGACCAAUUCCUGAAUGUGCAUGUGAUUCCACAUGUUUUGCCAUCAUCAAGAUACGAGCUUACAAAGACAGUGACCAAGUUUAUUCCUUGCUUGUUCAACAAGAAAGACAAGCUACUAUACCUCUUGGUGAAUCUAAGGUGCUUGCCAUCCCUAAUUCCAAUCAACAACAACAUUCCCGUGAUUCUCAAUUCAAACCUACCUCUAACUUUCGUGGUAGAAGCAAUACCAGAGGUGAAAUUUUUUCCGGUGGUAGAGGUAAGGGAAAUCGUAUGGUUCAAUCAAUCAGUAUCCUACUACUUCUGAAAAAUCAAAAGAACAAUCAGAUGAGCUUUUAUGAGGCAAAUGCACAUGCUUCUCAAGGAUUGGCUUUUACUCUAGAGCAGCACAAAGCUUUGUUGGAUUUACUCCAAGGAUCAUCACAGUUACAGUCUCAUAGCAUUAACCACCCAACUUCUCAACCCGAUCUAGGUUCAAGUGUCAUCUGCACACUUCGUAAUUCAUUUCAACCUAAAACUUUCAUAUUAUACACUAGUGCAACUGAUCAUGAUCUAUCCUUCAAGAAUAUGAUUGGAACAGCUGAAUUGCAUGGUGGAUUAUAUCUGUUGACAUCUCCAUUAGUUACCUUGCACAACACUCCACCUGAUCAUUAA